GAUGUCUUCUCUGCAUAAGGAUUUUUUACCACUUUCUGCUUCAGAAUCCAUAGAAAAAACAUAUAAUAUGAAAAGAAUUGAAGUAAUUGAUGAAAAUUUUGGCUACUGCAAAUUUAUUCCCAUUUAUCAAAAACAAACAGAAGUAGAUUCAGGCCUCCCCCCUCCUCCCUUAAUGUUUAGAAGAACAAGAAAUAAAUUGCAGCGAUGGAAUAGAGAUGGAGAACAACAUGAGUCUCCUAUGUCAUCAAUCGACGACUGCUUCUCUUCCAUACUUAACGUCUUAAAGUGUAUAAUUCAGAAAAGGUAGGGUUAUAGGGCGCUCUAAGGAGGAGAUUUGUAAAAUGUAAAACAAAGUUUUGAAGAGGAAGAUAAAAGCAUACAAUAAAGCAGCAGAUAGAUUGUUUGGUCUACGAUUCCGAUUUUGUUCAAUAUCACUAAGCAAUUUGAUCUGUUGCUACUUUCUGCUGUGAGUGAGAACUACACACAACUGUUUCAUACUAAUCUAUGAAAUAGAGCAGAUAAAAUUCUGAUCCCAUGUUGUUUGAUGAAUUGAAUAUGGAGAGUUUUACAUUAAAAUAGCAAAAGAUAUGAGACUAUUGGCAAGAAGAAAGCUUACAUGAGUAUCAUAAGAUUUAUACUUCAUGUAGAGUAAGAGAUCUUGCUGUUUCAACUGAAGACUGA